GGAAACAUUUUCCCGCUUUAUUCUAUAGCCCCCCCUUUCUCUCGGUGGAAAUGGAAGAAGAGAGUUCAGUGAAACUGAUUUCGGUUUCCGACCUACUCCACCGUCUCCGCCCUAUCACCGGCGCGUCGUCACUCUUGCCCAGCCAUUCAAUUCGUCGUCCCACUCUAUACAAAGAGAAACCUCAGCCGUCUGAUCCACAAAACCCUAACAUACAUAAAAUCCUUAAACCUCUUAACCACCCGACAGUACUCGUCGGAACCCUAAACCUAACCUUAUCUUCUUCAUCCUGUUCUAAUUCAAGUUGCCUCAAUUUCUCCGACCAUUCUGCCGCCGUUUGUUGCGACAUUCUCGACCUUGAUCUUCGGGUUAUUGGCCAAAGAAUCAGAAUCACUGCCUGGAAUUUCCUUCCUCUGAAACCUCAAGGCGGAUAUCUAGAAAUUAUCAGGUGGAGCCUCGAUCAGUCUGAAGAAAAUUCCAUAUCCAAAUUUAAUGCAUUCCAUCUGAACUCUGCAGUUCCUGCGUAUGAAGAAAGUAUAGUUCCUCGUCACUUAAUCUACGGUUUACUGGAAUCCAUUAGCCCUGUCUCAAAUGUUCCAUGUACAGCUCAUAAAACCGGUACCAGAAACGUUAACGGUUUUCUAGCCGAGAUUACCAUCUGUGAGUGCGCAUUGUGUAGCUCCAGAGACAAGGUAAUGUUAUUGCAUGAUAUAACUAGAGAACAUAGUAACUCUCAUAAGUUCUCUAAAUCAAGGAUUCUUUAUUUUUGUGAAUCUGCCUCGAUCUCGUAUCCUGUUAUUUCAAGGUUGGUGGGAGGCAUUAUGCUUAUCUCCGGCAUGAAGAAGAAGAUGGUUUUCCUUGGAGAAGGGAAGUCUUUGAUGAUGUAUGUGACCACAGAGAAAGCUAUCCUCCAUCUUCCAGUCUCUAAGAGUAAAAGAGCCAUGAAUGGAAGAAAUAUUGCAACCAGAGAGAAGGGGCUAUGCAGUGCCCAUACAGGAAGUAUUACUGGGGUCUACAUGCAGGGAAUGGUUAUAGAAUUGGAUCAACAAGUGUUCUUGUUGCUCACAGAUCAUCAACUCUUGAUGCCACAUAGUUUAAGAGUUGGUGCAACUGUAACAGUGAGGAAUUUUCAUCUGGAGGAUCCCAAAUUUUCUUGGACAAAAGUAAAAGUGUUUGGAUCAUGCUAUAAGACUAGCAUCCAUGUCAAUAUAUUUUCUCCAAUUGAAAGCGGAUGCUACCAAUCUUUACAAUCUCGUAGCCUUCUCAGGAAGUUCAUUGAAUCACUUUCAUUUUCUGCUAGAUUAUGGGUUCUGCUUGUUGUCUCAUCUUUGAAGAAAAAGUUUUCUGGGAUUUUAUCUGAGAUGGAGAUCUUAGGAUCUAAACAUAUGGAAGGAUUAGUUCAGAAAUAUUCCAGUUCAUGUUUACCUUUAUCAGUAUUCCGAUUUCGGCAUGGAGUUCUCACAGAAUAUUGUCAGCAUGAGUUAUAUGGAUGUGGCAAAGAAAUCGAUUACACCCCUCCAAAAUUGGUUGUGCCAAUUUCCAAUCUCAUAAGUCAAUGUGAGGACAUAUUCAUAAAAAAAUUAUAUCAAAGUGGGAAAGAUUCUGAUAUGAUUAAUCAAUUUAGCAAUCUAGUUUGUGGAGGGAACUCUCAUGAUCAACCAAUUAGAACAAUCUUGAAAAGUGAAGAUUUGAACAUUGUUUUGCUUGGAUCUUUAAAGAUUUCUGAAUAUUCUAGAAGGUUGCAGUUAGUUGAUGCAACAGGCAGUAUUGACAUAGUCAUACCUGAUCUUUCAUCUGAUUGGAGCAUUAAAGACAUAUAUGAGAUAAAUGACUUCAGUGUUGUAAUUGAAGGAUUCCCAAGACAACUACAACAUUUACAAUCACUCAACAAUGAUCCAUUUUCAUGCAAAAACAUCUUCAACCAUUUUCAAUCAUCAAGGAGAAAACAAUUUACAAUUUAUAUUUAUUGCUAUAUAAGAGACACAAAAUCAAGAAAUCAUAUUUUAUGUCCUAGAAUGGAUAAGGAGGAGAAGUAUAAAGAGCUAGAAAGUGGAAACUUUCACUUACUUUAUUUAAUGCACAAAUUUCCUCUACAACAAAAGUUUGCAGGUGAUGAUGUUGCUACAAAUAAUUUAAGUGUAUAUGUUGAGGCCAUAGCUUUUCCAUGGAAUUUGGUUCUUUAUAAAAGAGAAAGAGAUUCAGAAUCUGUUAACAUGUUAAAUGGCAGAGUUGUAAAUAUGCAUAUGCAGGAAGAUUCUUUUUGUAAAAGAGCUGCAAGGAAGGUGCUUUUGGAGUUCAAAUCUGAUAGUUUCUCAAAGUAUGAGUUAUUGAGAAUUGGUGGGUAUUAUUUGGUAAAGCAUGAUGAGAAAGAUGUUGUAUGCAACUCUUCAAAGGAGUGUAGUAGCUUUGUGAACACUAAAUCACAUUUUUGGACUAGUGUUUCUUUUUGUAAUGAUGAUGAGGCUUCAUUUCAUAACUUAAAUGAGAUUGAGAUAUGUCCAGAUAUUUAUGCGAAUGUGUCAGUUGACUUUGAGGUCAAACUCAAACAACUCAAACAAGAUCUUAUUCUCCCAACUAAAUCAAUCAAACAAGUAUUCAACACUUGUUUGAUUCCUUUGGUAUCUGGUGUGAAUUUGCCCAAAGGGGAUUUAUUAUCAUUCCAAGGACUUGUGUUAGGUGUUCAUACUCAUCAACUUUUUCAUCAUCGUAUCUUUCAUGGAGUCUCAAGUAGUAGUAUCUGUAUUCAUGUAUUAAUCGACAAUAACAUGGUGAAGGUUUAUAGUAGCUUAAGUCAACAAAGUUAUCCAAUUGGAUUUGGACGAGGUGUUAAAGCUAAGUUUUAUCGUGUUCUUUUGACAUCUGAAGGGAGUGUGCUUAAGUUGACACCUGCAUCUUUCAUUGAAAUCAACUCCAUCACCACUGAAGAUGACCUAAAUAUCAAUAAUGACUCAAAUGACACAUCACCACAUAUGGACACCACUUCCUCAUUAGCAAAUUCUCUUCCUGCAACUUUAAUUUCUGAAAUGAUUCACUUCUCACACCAUAAACAAAUCCUCCGAAUCCAUUGCAAAGUUGUAGCAAUUCAUGUAUUGGUAUUCGAAAAGAAGAACGAGCUCCCACACUCAAAUGUGAAGAAAUUCCCACUUGCUGGUUUCUUAAUCGAUGAUGGAUCAUCAACAUGUUGUUGCUGGAGUGAUAAUGAAAGCAUGAUUACUUCUCUUUUGGGAUUGACAUUAAAACAUUCAAGAACAAGUUUAAUGAAGAUUUUAGAUGAACAUGAUUCGAUUGUAGUGAAGAACUACGGAUGUUUCUCUGAUUACUCUUGUGUGGAUGUUAAAGUUUCGGGCAGUUCGGGCAGUCUUAAGGAGUCGGAUGAGCAGUUUCUCAAGUCCAUACUACUCCACGCUUGCUCCAUCAACACUUGGAAUGUUGAGGGGAGUAUGCUGGAUUUGAAAGGUGUGAAUGAGUUGGAGGAAAGGUUAAGGAGAUUGGACUUGGUGAUGCUCCCACUCCAACAUAUAUGGGUUUCUCAUGUUUCUCAUUUGGAUACUUUGAGUGAAGGAAGAAGCAUUCUUCAACAACUCUUAAAUCUUUGAACUUUAGUUGCUUGUAACUUCUGUCAGAUAUAACAUGUUGUAUUGUGUUUGACAUGUAUUGGACUGACAAUGACAGUGAAUAAGGGAGAGGCCUUUACCGAUAUAGCAUUUUCUUUUUUGUAAAAGUUGUGAAGGAAAAAAAUUGGCGAUUCAUUAUAGGCUAAGAUCACUAUAUGUAUAUUAAAUUCAAGUUAAUAUGUAUAUGCAUCAUGAAUUGUUUGUUUU